CGGCCGAUGCCAUAUUGGAAACGGGGGCAGCUGAAAGACGUCGCUCCGCGCGAGAGAGCGACAGAGAGAGGAGAGAGAGAGGAGAGGAGCGAGAGAGAGAGAGAGAGAGAGAGAGAGAGAGAGAGAGAGAGAGAAAAGAGGGGAGAGACGGAGAGGGAGAGAGAGCGAGCGAGAGAGAGCGAGAGAGAGAAAGAGAGAGAGAGCGAGAGCGAGCGAGAGAGGGAGAAAACCUGCGGGGGUCUCCAGAAGGAGAGGCGACCCACACGCGCACUAACUCGGACAGGGUUGUGGAGCAAAGUGGAAAAUGCAGUGAAGGAGAGCAGAGAAGCCUCGGGUCAAAGGUCAACGCCUACCAGUGGGUCGAGGAUGCAGUCUCGUGCUCAGGAGCAGCCGGCGGCCUUCGCGGCAGUGAAGCAGCUGCACGGUCCCACCAACGGCAAGGAGGAAGAGCUGAACUCAGAUGCUGAAGUCAUGGAGGUGGAGGAGGAGGAGGCGGAGUUUAACUGGGAGGAGUACAUGGAGGAGAAAGGGGCCAACGCCGCCCCCCACACCACCUUCAAACACGUGGAGAUCAGCCUGCAGAGCAGCUUCCAGCCCGGUAUGAAGCUGGAGGUGGCCAAUAAGAGCAGCCCGGACACCUUCUGGGUGGCCACCAUCAUCACCACCUGCGGCCAGCUGCUGCUGCUGCGCUUCAGCGGCUACGGAGACGACCGCAAGGCCGACUUCUGGUGCGACGUCAUGACGGCCGAGCUGCACCCGGUGGGCUGGUGCGCGCAGAAUAACAAGACCCUCAUGCCCCCCGAAGAUAACAUUUACCUGAGAAAAGCCAUCAAGGAGAAAUACAGCGACUGGACCGAGUUCCUGGUCCAGGACCUGACUGGAGCCCGGACGGCGCCGGCCAACCUGCUGGAGGGGCCUCUGCGGGGUAAGAACACGGUGGACCUGAUCGUGGAGGGCUCGGUCCUGGAGCUGCAGGACGCCUCGGACCCCUUCCUCUACUGGCCCGUCCGAGUGCUGCAGAACACCGGGGGGAGGCUGCGUCUGCGCUACGCCGGCCUGUCCGAGGAGCUCCGGGCUCCGGACGCCUGGCUCUUCUACCUGGACGUCAGGCUGCGGCCGCUCGGCUGGGCGCUGGAGAACCAGCUGCGCUUGGAACCGCCCACAGAGCUCAGGACCCUGAAGAGCGCCACCGACUGGCAGCAGGCUCUGGAGGACGCUCGAGGCGAUGGACAGAAGAACCCACUGCCGCUGGAGGUCUUCAAGGACCACGUAGACCUGCCCGAGCACGCCUUCAAGACCGGCAUGAAGCUGGAGAUGGUCUCUCCGUGGGAGCGGCUGCAGAUCUGCCCCGUUUCCGUCACCAAGGUCUACAGCGAGAUCUACUUCCAGGUGACGCAGGACGACCUCUCGGCGGACGCCCAGCCCCGCUCGGUGGUGUGCCACGCCGGCUCGCCGGGCAUCCUGCCCGUGCAGUGGUGCCUGAAGAACGGCGUGACCCUGGAGAGGCCGCGCGGCCUCGGCGGGCCCGACUUCGACUGGGCCGACUACCUGAAGCAGAGCGGGACGGAGGCGGCGCCCGACGGCUGCUUCCCCGACACGUGGCAGAGCAGAGGCUUUGCCAAGGACAUGUGGCUGGAGGCGGUGAACCCUCACCGGCCGGCGGAGGUGUGUGUGGCUCAGAUCACACAGGUCAGAGGACGCCUACUGUGGCUCCGACUGGAAGGUGUGUCGAAGCCUCUGUCGGAGAUCAUCGUGGACGUGGAGUCCACCGACAUCUUCCCUGUGGGCUGGUGUGAGGCCAACUCUUACCCUCUGACCCCCCCACUCAAAGCUGUGUGCCAGAAGCAGAAGAAAAUAGCAGUCGUCCAGCCGGAGAAACAGUUGGCUCCGUCCCAGCCGGCGGAGACGACCCCCGCCAACCACUGCCUGCCCGUCGCCGUGGAUACAGGUGCACCCAACGGACGAUACUGCUGCUCCAAGAUUUUCGUGAACCACCGCUGCUUCUCGGGGCCGUACCUCAACAAGGGGCGCAUCGCCGAUCUGCCGCAGGCGGUCGGACCCGGGAAGUGCUCGCUGGUCCUCAAAGAGCUGCUGAGUCUGCUGAUCAACUCCGCCUACAAGCCCGGACGAGUCCUGAAGGAGCUGCAGGAGCUGGAGGAUCCGGGCUGGGACUGCCAGGAGGAGACCCUCAAAGCCAAAUACAAAGGGAAAACGUAUCGCUCCACUAUCCGGAUCGUCCGCCUCGUCGAUCAGAUCCCGGACUUCUGCCGUAAAGUGUGCGUGAAGCUGCAGUGCUGCCCGAACCUCUUCAGCCCCGUCCUGGUGACCGACAAGUGCCCCGAGAACUGCUCCGUCCAGACCAAAACCAAAUACACGUAUUACUACGGGAAGAAGAGGAAGCUGGCCAAGCCGGUGGGAGGCGAGGACACAGCCGAGGGAGACCUGACCAAGCCGGCGCGCCGCAGGAAGAAGAGGAAAUCUAUCUUCGUUCAGAAGAAGAGGCGCUCGUCUGCGGUGGACUACACUCCCGCGGGAUCCCCACAGGACAGCGACGAAGGCGACGAGGAUGACGACACGCCGCUGCAGUCGGGCAGUGAAGGGACGAGCUCGGAGCCGCGCGAGGACCACACCGACGCCUCGUCCGUGGAGGCGACCAGCAGCCGCCCCCGCCGCGCCGCCGCUCUGCGCCGAGUCGUCACCGCACGAAGCACCGCCGACAGCCAGGAGGCGGCCGCUGGCGGGCGCCGGAGGUCCACCCGCUCGCUGGCCGCCAGCAACCGGAACAAGUAUCAGCCGGCCGAGGGACAAGACGUCCAGGUGGAGGAGGACGAGGGUCAGCUGGUGCUGGACAGAAACCCUCUGGAGUGGAGCGUGGACGAAGUGGUCCAGUUCAUCAACUCCACGGACUGCGCGUCUCUGGCCAACAUCUUCCAGGAGCAGGACAUCGACGGCCAGGCCCUGCUGCUGCUGACCCUGCCCACCGUGCAGGAGUGCAUGGACCUGAAGCUCGGACCCGCCAUCAAGCUGUGCCACCAGAUCGAGCGCGUCAAGGUGGCCUUUUACAGACAGUUCGCCAACUGAGCGGCGAGGAGGACUCUUACUGAGCUGAAGGAGGUUUCUGUGUGAAGACAUUUCGUACGGCGAGUCGAGAAGCUACAAACUGGUUCCUGAAGACUUUCUGUUUCUUACUUUCCUUAUUAUUUGUGAUCGAGGUCCAUCAUAGAGUUUGAGUUCAAGAAGACGUUUCCCCUCGCGUUUCUUUUGUGUGAAGUAAUUGGUCCUGAAAAGUAUAUUGGAAAAGUAUUUAACAAACCAAGGAGUAAUAUAUUUGGAAUAUUUAUUGCUAUCCCUAUUUAUGAGGAAUGAUCUGUGUUAUUUGGAUGUGGAGAGAAAAAUUGGAGAGCUCUAUUUUAUGAUCAGUAUGAAGUUAAAACAGGAAGCAGGACGAUCCAGAUCACCGCGGGGGUUUUGUUUUUCCCCUCAUUGUUACACACACACACACACAGACACACACACACACACACACACAAACACGAAACAAUCAUGGAAGCGAUUUUUGUGUCCAUCUAUGCAAAUGUGUUGCAGAUAUUUUUGAUAUGUGAUAAAAUAAAUUUCUAUUGAUUUGUAA